AUGGUCUUCAUCCUAGGUGUCAAUUUCCCUGAGCGGAACCUACUAAAGAAAUGUCUCGGCUCCUUUUUCGGAAUUGGAGAUAAUACCUCCUCUCGGCUUCUCGCUCGCUUUAAUAUCCACCCUACCUGUCGUGUCGGCGAGCUAGCCAACAAGCAGGUCCUCGACUUAACCGCCGUGCUAUCGGAUAUGAAGAUUGAGAACGAUCUGCGCCGAGAGGUGCUGAAUGAUAUUAAGCGAUUGAAGGAGACGGGCACUUACCGUGGUCGUCGCCAUGCGCUAGGUCUGCCUGUGCGGGGACAACGGACGCGCACACAGAUUAAAACUCCCGUUCGGUUGAACCGCAUGGAGCGUCGUCUGUAA